AUGAAGAAAAUUAUUUAAGAGAACUUAUCUAUAGAAGAAGCUAAAACUCUUUGGAAAUAUCUUGAUGAUGCCUGUUAUCUUAUUGCUGAACAUUAAAGUAUUUCAAAAUAAUUAUAUUUACUAGCUAAGUAACUAUCCUAUUAGGAAUUGUAUUAACAUGCUUACAAAUUGAUUCUCAAUAAGUUUGGAGACCUUGCCUAUACUAAUUUGUAAAUCUCUAUUCAAAAUAUUGUUGAAAAACUUACUUAUCCCCUUAGUAUUAGUAAUGAUGAUUAAUUAUUAAAUGAUUUCGUUAAAGCCUAUGAAGAAGUUCAACAUUUUAGUAAAUUAUUAGCUGGUAUAUUACUUUACAUGGUAUUUUCAUAUUAAAUUAUUCUCUAGGAAAAAACAUAUAUACUCUAGAAAUCUCUUAAAACUAUCAAGACUAUUUGUAAUGAAAGUUUUAAAUCUAAAUGUUUCGAAAAAGAUCAAAAUCUAGCAACAAAAUUACUCAAUUGUUUCCUUACUCAAAUGCGCAAUGAUAGAAAUUCUUAAGUUAUAGAACAUUUUAAAUUAAAAAAUGCAUUAUAAAUACUAGUAAAUAUUUUAGUUCACUCUAGAUUGACAUCAAUCAAGAACAGCAAAUUAAAAACAAAGAAUAUAACUACACUAUUGAUUACAGAACUAAUGAAGAUUUCUAUAAAUAUUUUCUAGAACGAAAACUAAUUCAAGAUUCAAACCGCUAUUUUAAAGAUGAGAGCUAAUUAAAUAUUAGCAAAAUGACUAUUGAAGAAUAUAUUCUUUUUGUUGAAAAAAGAUAUAAGAAUGAAGUCGAAAGAGUUGAAAGUUGCAUUCCUAAAGUUUCACAUCAAAAAGUCUUAGAUAGUUUUAUCAAAAAUUAUAUUACCUACAAUGCAACAUAAAUCUCUUAAGGCAUCUAAGAUUUUAUUGAAAAUGAAAAAACAACUGUUUUAAUAAAGUUAUUCUAAUUAUUUGUAAAAAGUGAAGAAUUUGAUUUAUUUAUAAAAACUUUAUCGUAGAUCAUUGUUGUCGAUUUACAAUUACUAAAUUAGAAUGAUAAUACUCUUUAAGGAUUCAUAAAAUUAUAUGAAAAGAUAUUCUCUUUGUAUGAUAAAAUAGCAUAAUAUGGAAGUAAUGAACAUCAAUAUAAAUUACACAAAGCAAUAAAAAGUAAUAUUAAAAUUUUUAACAUUAGAUACUUUUGAGUAAGUAAUUAAUAAAGAUACUUAUAUAAUGUUUGAAUUGAAUAAGUACUUUGAUUACAUAAUGAGGAAAGAGACAUUAAGAGAUGAUGAAAAAAAGGUACUAAUUGAUAAAGGAUUCCUAAUAUUUAAAUUAGUAUAAUCGAAAGACGAAUUCGAAUAAAUUUAUAGAAAAUAUCUAUGUCAUAGAUUAUUAGAUCAAGCUUAUUGUUCUUUGGAAAUAGAAAAUGAGCUAAUUAAGAAAUUAAGAUUAGAAUGUGGCUCAGUUUUAACACACAAGAUGGAAAUCAUGUUUAGUGAUUUAUAGAGAAGCAGUGAAGAUAGUUAAAAGUUUAGACAGAUAUUAUCGUAAAGUUAAAAAGAUGCAAUUGACUUAGACAUUUUAGUUUUAACUUCUGAAUAAUGGCCUAUUUCAGAACCUUAAUCAAUUAUAGUCCAUUAAGAAUUUCAAUUUUGGCAAUAAAAAUUCAUCUAAUAUUAUUAAUCUAAGAAUUCAAAGAGAAAAUUAACAUUCAAUUUUGGAUUAGGUUCUGUAAAUUUAAAAGCCACUUUUGAUUAAAAUUGCAAAAAGGAUUUUGUAUGUUCUGUUUUAUAAGCUACAAUUUUGAUGUAUUUUAAUAAACAACGUGUAUAUAAAGUCGAUGAAUUAAUUAAAUUAACCAAUACUGACAAAGAAAUCAUGUAAAAUGAAUUGGAAAAUCUGUUAUAAUUAAAAUUAUUAAUUUAAAAUGAGGAUGAAAAUACUUUACAAUUAAAUUAUAAAUUUCAACAUCGAAGUUAUAAAAUCAAGGUGUAACAAAAAAAACCACAAGCUUGGGCUUUAGGUUCAAAAACAAAAGUUAAAUAGUAGGAAUUUUAAAUAGAUUAAAAAGAGAUAGUAAUAGAUAGAAAAGUAUAUUUGGAAUCUUUGAUAGUAAGAGUACUUAAGACUAAAAAGUAAUUAGAUCAUAAAGAUUUAUUCAAAUAUAUUGACAAAGAUGCUAAAAGUAGACAUUUUCCAAUUGAAAUACCUUUCUUUAAAGAAUGCAUAGAAAAUUUAAUUCAAAAAGAAUAUUUAAUCAGAUAAGAAGGUUAAUUAGAUACAUAUAUCUAUAAAGCAUGA